AUGAUUUAUAUUAUAAAUAGAAGGGAAUGGACAAUUGGUAUGCAACGAAAAGGUGUACCAAAAGUGACGUGUGAAGAAAGUGAUUUAUCAUUGGAUGUGAUAACAGCAAAACCAUUUCAUGGUAAUAUAUUUGUAAAAGGACGAGCUAAGGAUUCCUCAUGCAAGCAAUCUUAUGAUUACAACAGUUCUAAUUCAUAUACCUUAUCACUCGGUAAAUGUGGUAUGCAACGUUUGCGCUCAAUUAAUCCACGUGGGAUUAAUUUCAUUAUAACAGUAAUUGUAUCAUUUCAUCCAGCUGGUUUUAUAACCAAAAAUGAUCGAGCAUUCAAUGUUAAAUGUUUUUACUUGGAACCUGACACGAUUGUUACGUCAGCUCUUCAUGUCAGCCCAUUGGUGACAACGGAAUUACGAGAUGACUUGAAAUUACCAACGUGUGAAUACAGCGUAAGACGUGAUGGCAUUAAUGGACCGCAACUUACAUUUGCAAAUGUUGGUGAAACGGUAUUCCAUGUUUGGGUAUGUAAUGGCGUCGGUAUGGGAAUGCUUGUUAAAAAAUGUUUUGUAACGGAUGGAGAAGGAACUGAUCAUCCUGUCUUGGAUUUUAAUGGCUGUUCAUUGGAUAAUUUCCUGUUAAGUGAGCUGGUGUAUGAUUCAUCACUAAUGAAAGCACAUGCUCAAAGUCAAGUAUUCAAAUAUGCUGAUAGUAAUCGAUUAUUUUUCACCUGUCAAAUUCAAUUGUGCCAAAAAACGAUGGGUUACUGUGAUGGAAUUACGCCACCAAAAUGUUCGGAAGAAGCAAAUGUUAAUGAAAAUCGCAGUCGUCGUUCAAUUUCACAUCUGAAAUCAUCAUCAUCAUCAUCAUCCAACAACAAUAGAAACAAUAAUAAUAAUCAAUUAAAUGAUAACAUUCUUGAAAUGGAUAUUACUUCAUCGGAAAUGCUUAUUGGUGGAAUCGAUGAUAUGCUAAUUGAAACAACGUCCUCGUGCUUUUCACCCUUUCUCGUUGCCCUCUCAAAUUUCGUCCUUUUCACUUUAGUCACCGUCCUUUUGGCUAUUGUUGUAGCAAUAAAGAAGGAAACACGGAAAGCAAUCAUUUGUAUCACAUUCAUUAUCAUCUGUCAUACACUUUAA